ACUGUCAUCCUAGGGGCCGGUGUCAUUGGGCUCGCCACAGCUUACCAGCUUGCGUUGUCACUCACCCCUUCCGAAGAUGCAGUGUCACCACCAACCAAGAUUGUCGUCAUUGAGCGCGCACCCCACAUCAGUCCUUCUGCCUCCGGCCAAGCGACUGGCGGGCUGGGAGACUUCGGGUUCGGUUCCAAAGUUGCCAACCUCGGCAUCCUUUCAUACAAUCUAUUUCAGAAGGUGGCUUUCCCUAACGGGCAGAUGGAUUUCGGAUUUAGCGACUUGACUGUUUAUCGAAUCACGCCACAAGACUUUACUGGUGACCCCAAACCUGCUGACACUUGGGGGCCAACGCCUCCGGUCGAGCAACCUCAAAGCGCGCUUCCGAGAUGGGUGCGACCAAAGGAAAACUGGACAGUACAGCGCAUGGCUGAGCCCCCACACGGGGCGCAUCUCGACCCUGGCCGGUUUUGCAGAUUCCUGUAUAAUGAGUGCGUAAGACUAGGAGUUUACUUCAUAUUCAACGCAAACGCGACGUCUGUCGAGGUCGCUAAGGGCUCAAAUCGCUUCUCUGCUAUUCAUGUCCAACAACGGGAUCAGGCUUCCCGUAAGAUACCCUGCAGAAGCAUUGUAAUCGCAGCUGGGCCUUGGUCACCUCGUGUCUUCUCCACGCUGUUUCCUCGGGCAUCAUUGCAUUUACCCAUGAACUCUACUGCAUCAGCAGGUAAUCAUUUUCGUGUCCGUACGCCAGGUUGGAAGGCACAGGAUGAUAAGAAAGGCAGUGAGCAAGUGUUCCUUCAAAACGACGUUCCCGGAGGCCAGGGUCUUGACAUUACCAGCUUUAUAGGAGGUGAAUUGUAUGUGGGCGGCUGGGGAGCCAUUCCUGAGGAACUUCCUGAGCUUGCGGAGUCCGUAAGAGCGCAACCAACAGAGAUCCAGAGCAUGGUUUCAUUGGCCAAGCAGUAUAUACAGGUGGGAGAAGACGAGGAAUUCAAAAUCUAUGAUGUUGGAAGGUGUUAUAGGCCACUAUCUACGUUUGAGCACCCGAUCAUUACCAAUGUUAAAUGGAGUCUGCUUGGCCUUGAGAAUAACACCACCACGGAGAAUUCAGAAGUAAAUCGCGCAUCAUCAACUGUCGGAGGCUUGUUCCUCAACACAGCACAUUUCAGUGAUGGGAUGACGCUUUCUCUAGGAAGUGGCAGGGUGAUG